AGUCACAGAUUGCACCUUUAGACAUGCCACCUAUCCCAACAACGCUAGAUACUGAAGCUCUCUCUCUAAUCGAGUCCAUUGAACGGCACCAUAACGACCUUUCAACUUUUCAGAUUCCUCGUCUGAGAGCUUGCACCGGUCCUUUGACCACGCAACAAGCAUGGGCUGCGGAGGUAAGGGAAGACAUCGAAGGUCUGGCAAGGCAGAUCGAGGAGCUGGAUGUCCUUGUUGAUGACCACAGGACUGAACGGGCGAGGAGAGAGCUAAGGAGAAGAGUUGAAGUUUUUCGUGAUUCAUUAGUCAAUCUACGCAAAGACUCUCGAGCAGCAUUACUAGCGUCGAAACAUACAAUUGACUCCCAAAAUCGGUCACAGCGAGAGGAGUUGCUGAGGUCCCCUGCCAUUCGGGAGAAAAGUACAAGUUCCUCGGCCGAGAAAGUCACCGAAGACGCACUCAUGAAAGCCAAUCAUGAUGUCACAGGAGCACUGCAACGAACAAUUGGACUCAUGCAGAAAGAGCUCGAGCGCAGUGUCUUGUCAAGCCAACUACUAGAAUCAUCUACUGCAACUCUCCAAUCCGCGUCUACGACGCACGACACGCUCGAUCUCAUCCUCGGCACCUCCAAACAACUUAUUACCACACUCGAAAAGACAGACUGGCUAGACCGCAUCCUUAUUAUUUCAGGCCUCGUGUUUUUCGGCCUCGUGGUCCUCUUCAUUCUGAAGCAGCGCAUCAUCGACCGCGGGCUACGCAUCGCCUUUUUCUGGACGAGGUUAUUGCCAAGUUCCGGUACGAGCACGCGCGCGGUGGUGCAGAAGGCUGGGGAGGUUGUAACGACUGCGUCGGCCGCCACUACUGCUGCAUCGGCUGUGCUGGCGUCGUCUAUAGGUGGCCAGGAUGGCGGGAGCCGCAUGGACAUGUUUGAAUCCUCUAGUUUCACAAUAUCGGCUACGGAGCCACGGACUACUGAACAGUAUAGUGUCUCAGGAAACGCACAUGUUGAAUUAUGAUAAUUUUGACGAUUCCGUCGAUAGACUCACAGGAAGAGCAUGGACUUAAGUAUUGAAGGACACGGGUGAUGAUAUCGUUGUGUUGGUCCAAGGACGUUCAUACAUUUCGGCACAUGCAAAUGCAUCCCAACUGAUUGAGCAACAGUCCCGACAUUGGAGUCUCAGCUUAUUUUUUGGGGGGAUUUCCAGACGCCUGGUCGAAGUUGCUCCUUGUCGCGAGGAAGAUAGAUACUGUAUUGCCAUUGAAUCUGAUGCGGAAGCAGCUACCGCUAUGCAGCGAACGAACAGCAAACAGGCCAACAGUUCAACGCAACUAGGUCAACCCACA